AUGGCCUUCUCGACCCAAAGAUAUAACGCCCUUAUAGAGGAGAUUCGACCCAUUCAAUACCCUUCUUUACUGAAGACCACCUACCUGGAUCAUGCUGGCACAACCAUUUACGCCAAGUCGGUGAUUGACGCAUACCACCAAGAUUUGACCUCGAACCUCUAUGGCAACCCUCAUUCCGAAUCCCCUGCCUCAUGGCUUGCGACCAAACGAGUCGAAGACGCACGACUUGCUGUGCUUGAAUACUUUAACGCCAAUCCCGACGACUUCGAUGUUGUCUUUACUGCCAAUGCUACGGCUGCAAUCAAAGUUGUGUCCGAUUGCUUCAGAGACCAAGGCUUUUGGUACGGAUAUCACAAAGACUGUCACAACAGUGUCGUUGGAGUGCGAGAGGUUGCGACCGCAGGAUCGCAGUGCUUCACUUCCAGCGCGGAGGUCGAAGAGUGGAUCGAGCAGGGACCAUCCUCAAGCUCACAGGGACUGAAACUUUUUGCUUAUCCAGCCCAAUCCAAUAUGACAGGCUACAGGCCUCCAUACCACUGGUGUCGACAGGUCCGUGGUGGGGACAAGAAUAGCCAGCAAUCCACCUUUGUGCUGCUCGAUGCUGCUUCUUACCUGACCUCCGGUCGCCUGGACCUCAGCAACGCCGACCAUGCCCCGGACUUUGUGGCCAUGUCUUUCUAUAAGAUUUUUGGAUAUCCUGAUCUGGGAGCUUUACUGGUAAAAAGAACUGCGCGAUCUGUACUUGCUCAAAGGAAAUACUUCGCCGGAGGGACAGUCGAUAUGGUCACUGUCAUCGGUGGUGCUUUCCAUGCAUUCAAAAGGUCAAACCUCCAUGACUUUCUCGAGGAUGGGACAGUCCCCUUUCACAACAUUGUCGCUCUGAGGCAUGCGAUUAGCUUCCAUAGCCGGCUUUUUGGGAGCGGGAACAACAUAUCCAAGCACACGGCAUACCUUUCCAAGUUGGUAUACGAUGAGCUGAGCCAGCUCAGACACGCAAAUGGCCAAUCGGUGAUUGAAGUGUACAAAGACCCACAAGCUACCUACGGAGACCCGGCAACACAAGGACCAAUCAUUGCCUUCAGUGUCAAGCAUCCUGAUGGGAAUAUCCUUGGGAGAAGCCAUUUCGAGGAGUUGGCGAUCGAAUGUGGCCUUCAGCUCAGAACAGGCGGAGUGUGUAAUCCCGGGGGCAUCGGCUCCAUGUUGCAGUUGAAGAAUUGGGAGAUGAGGCGAAACUUCGAAGAAGGUGCCCGUUGUGGAGAUGGGUUCGAUACCAUCGGCGCCAAGCCGACGGGGAUCAUUCGAGUCAGCCUGGGUCCAAUGUCUACUCAAGGGGAUGUGAGACGAUUUGCAGCGUUCGUCAAAAUGUUCUUUGUUGACAAAGGCGCUCAGUCCUCGCCGAGCAGUCCUCCAGCAAGCACAAGCAUUUCAGCAGUGGAAGGCUGCCCUGUCUUUCCCGUGCGUCCAUCCGAACAGGCCGCUUACCAAGUUUGGGACCGGCGUUGGUGCGUCAUUGAAGAAAGGUCUGGCACUCCGGUUAAGGAGCUCGAGCAUCUGAAGGCCGAGAUCGAUGUCCACACAGAAGAGCUGAUCUUGAGCCACCUCGAACGUCGCCUAGCUCUCAGCCUGUGGGAUGUGCCUGAAGCCCCCGACAAGCGGCUGAGCACACCAGUGAAACGUAUCUAUGACAUCUACGACAACCCAGCAGUCAACACCUGGUUGUCCGAACAGCUCGGCUGCCAGUGUGUAUUGGCACAUUAUCGGCCACAAGACCCCGCUCUUUCACCCGAAGCGACAACAUGCGCUGUGUCAUGGUGUGCACAAGAACGCGCAGAUAAGGACGACCUACGAGACCACUAUAAGUCGCAUGCGCAGGCGUUCAUGGACGCUCAUCCAUUCACCACAACUGGCCCCGUCGUUAGGAAAAAUGCAGGCAGGAGUCGAUCGGUUAGAUUCAUAGACCUGUUCAAACGGACCAGGACACGGCCAUCCAUGCGUACUAGUAUCGCUUUGGCAGAAAAGCAAAUGCUUACGCCGCCGUCCCAAGUCACCUUGUCCUCGGACUUUGCGAACUUGCACUUCCAAAAAGUCUCGCAGAUAACUGUUACUAGUGUUGAGCAGGUCCGCUGAGAGUGGAUGAAGCACGUGGAAGCUUCGGAGGGACAUUUCAGCUCUAUUCGUCGUAUAUUGGAAGGAGUCGAGUGGUCGGUGUCGUUGCAAUUGAGCUGGGACGGAGAUGUGCUUUGUGGUUGACGUUUGAUGGCUGACAGGCAAGGACUUGCCGGCGCCUGAAUCAACAGAGCAGCGUCUUUGGACAAGGCUUUACUUCCCGUAGUGCUCAUGGAAUGCUCGAAGUGCUCUGGUGGAGGAUCACACGGUUGCUUGGGCGUCAGGUCCUCUGGACGUUUCCCCAGAGCGUGA